UGUUGGUUGGCCGUGCUCUCGGCUGGUUGUUCGCUAGUUCGCUGGCCAUCCGUUUGUGCGUGUCCGUGUGUGUAUGUGUGUGAGUGCGCGUGUGACUUGUCAUGUCGAGGUGUCCAUUUGCCAACGGGAAAAAGUUUACCCCCGUGAAACAUUACGGCUGCCCGAUUGCGUGAAGGAACGGCUGCGCCCCCUUUGUCGAUGGCGCGCUCAGGACCUUGUCGGUGAGUUGCAUCUGGCAAUGAAGGGUCCCCUAGUGCCGCGUUGAUGGUGCAGCGAGGCAUCUGCUCCGGCGUGGCGGCGGUGACGUCAUGAAUGACGCCGCGGACGACGAAGGGGGCGCCGCCGUGGACGCGACCGCGCUCUACCUGGCCCAGCUGAACCAGCGCAUCCGGCGAGGAUGCACGGCCCACGUGGACGCGUCGGGCCGCAUUUACUACAUGAACCACGAGACGCGGACGUCAUCGUGGUUGCCCCCCGUGGACUCGUGGAGCUCGUCGUGUACGGGGCUGCCCUACGGCUGGGAGGCGGCCGUCGACAAGAGCGGCAGGACGUACUUCAUCAAUCACGUGAGCAAGACCACCACCUAUGAGGAUCCUCGUAAGGACUACGAGGAAGAGCCACCCCCGUCUCCAAGAGAAGUGGAGCUCUUCCGGGACUCGCAGCUUGGCUUUGGCUUUGUGGCCGGCAGUGAGAAGCCCGUUAUUGUGCGCUUCGUGACGGAAGGUGGCCCUAGCGAACACAAACUCCAGCCUGGGGAUCAGAUACUUGGCAUCAACGGUGAAGAUGUCAAGAAUGCGCCCCGGGAGCACGUGAUUGAGUUGGUCAAAUCAUGCAAGCUCUCUGUCAAGUUGGUCGUCUGUCAACCUCACGUGAACAAUACAACACGAAAGUCAGCCCUCCUAACUGCAGCAAAGAAAGCAAAGUUAAAGACAAAUCCCUCGAGGGUUCGCUUCGCGGAAGGUGUUGUCAUCAAUGGUUCACCUCUUUAUUCCCCAUCUACGUUCGAGUCCUGCGUUCCCUUUCUUCCCAAUGUUAUGAAAGUGUUUCUUGAAAAUGGUCAAACCAAGUCUUUCAAGUAUGACAGCUCGACCACCGUGCAGGACGUCCUCAACUCUCUCCAAGAGAAACUCUCUGUGAAAGCCAUGGAGCAUUUCGGCCUUGUAGUGGAACACAUUAAGUCAGUUCGUCGGAACAAGCUCACUCUCCUUGAUCCAAAGGACUCCCUGGCAAAGAUUGCAGCACGGCCUGGUGCUCACCACUUGCGGUGCUUGUUUCGAGUUGCCUUCGUGCCGCUUGAUGCGUAUGACCUGCUGCAAAAGGACCCUGUUGCCUUUGAGUACCUCUUCAUGCAGUGCUGCAAUGACAUGGUACAGGAGAGGUUUGCUCCCGAACUCAAAUAUGAUGUGGCCCUCAAGCUAGCCGCCUUGCAUAUCCACCUGCACGCUCUCAGCAGUGGCAUCCAGGGCAAGGUCACCAUCAAGUCAGUCGAGCGGGAGAGUGGACUCAAGCGGUUUGUGCCCGGCUCGCUGCUGGAGACGAUGAAGCGUAAAGAGCUGCGCAAGCUGCUGAGUCACUUCCUCAAGCAAAACCAGGCAACGCUGUGUGCCCCUGGACAGAAGCAGCUGACACCCCUGCAGGCCAAACUGCACUACCUCAAGGUCAUCAGUGAGCUCUCCAGCUACGGUGCCAAGGUGUUCGCCACCAGCACCAAGGACUCAAGCACGGAGACGGGGAUAAUGAUAAGCCCAAAGUUCGGAAUCAGCCAGAUCAACAAUGCGCGAGGAACAGUGCCUAUUCAACCUGUAACAUUGGCUCAAAUAGAAGAGGUGUCAUCCGUCACAGUCACAAGGGACGAUGACCUUGCCUGCCAUGUUGAGAUCAACAUCAAAGACCCAGACAAAGAGAAUCUCAAAUUUGGACUGGAUGACCAUGAAACAGCUGAGCUGGUGUUCAUCCUCAAGGGGUACCACAAACUGUUGGCAUCACGAGACCUUCCUGUUCACUGGGAGACGGAGGAUCCAUGGAAAGUCGAGACGGCACCAUGCUUCCACGGAACCCACAUUGUGUGCCCAACUCCCUGGAGUUAUACACCUUCGGAGGAGACUCCAAAUUGCCCAAUGGUGAAGAGCGUGGAUCUGGCCCUGCCGCCUCCAGCUUAUGUUCCUUGCGAGCUGCCUGACCGUGGCAUGUCGCGAAGCAGCUCGCGGGAGCAGUGCUCUCUGGUGGCCCUUUCCAACUCGGUGGACCACAACAUGAACGAGACGAGUCCUUUGCAGCCACUCAGCCCGAGCCGCGUCCUUCGCUCACCUGUGCUCGGUGCCAGCAAGAUGGAACAACGCUCCCUGCUGCUGACGUCCAAUGGCCACCAGCAGGCAUCAGACUCCGCGUCUUCCACAGCAGACGACGACUCCGAGGAGCGAUCGGUCAAGUUCGACAUCAUGGAUGAUGACGAUGAAGAGGAGGAGGAGGAGCCUGUUGUACUUGAAGUGAAGAACGAGGAGGUGCUGCGUCGGGUGUCAGAGAUGCGGCGGAUGGUAGCAGAUGCUGAGAGCUAUCUGUCUGACGGCAACCGGCCAGCAAAUCGGCCGCCACUUCCAGCCAAUGAGUCAACCAGCAGUGAAGAGCGUGAGGCAGGCGGCCCCACCAUCCGUGCGGCCGAUUCGCUCUUGCUGCUCACACAGCUGGAUGACGUGUCGGAAGCGCUCAACGAAGUUGCAGCUAUGGCUCCAGAUGAAGCUGCAAGUGAGUCAGACACGGACAGCUUCAGCACGCCAACGCAGAGCCCUCUCCACCGAACCUCGAGAUUGACUGCAACGACCGAGCCGUCGGCCCCGAACAAGCGUGGACGCAGCGGCUCCAGUUUCGGCCUUCACAGUCCGGACAUGUUGCCAGGAAUAGGAUCCGGAGACCGUGAUCUCCUCGAGUUGCUCAAGCAGCUGCAGUCAAAUCCAGACAUCCAGCUCCCAUUCGAUGAGGGAACGCUGUACUUGGACCCGGACAUUAUUGAUCUGACCAUGAUCCCGCCUCCGAUGACGCCUGAUGCAGAUGCCAUGGGGGAUGUCCCAGGCACGCUGGACGUGCCUCCAAUGCCUUUCUCAGAUCGUGGUUUCCCGGGUCAUCCUGCCUUGCCAAACUGCACACUGCAGGCUACUGACACCGACCAGGUUGACUCGGCACGAGUGGUGGCUGAAUUGGACGACCUCUGUGACGCACUGACCGAGAUGCGUGCUACAGGCAAUGAGCUGGGCUGCGAUGCCAUUUUUCAGCAGCUGGGCUGCCAAGAUCUGGAGAGCUUCAUCGCGAGUGUGACCGUGCCCCCGCCCCCAACGUUAUCGGAUGACAUGCCCCCGAUGCUGCUGCCAGACGGUGAUGACGACAUCGCCUCAUACAUCAUCCCACCACCACCUCCGAGCUGCGAUGAAGAGCAGAACGAAGUGCUGGCCCGCUUCGAGCGUGCCUCCGAGGACAUGCGCCGCUUCAUAGGCGGUGCCAGCACAGAAGCCAACAGUCCCGCCUUGGAGCCACCCGCAUUUGAAAGCCUGAAAGUGCUGUCGUACGGCAGCCUGCUCGAGCCUGCCAACCCACCUAGUCCCACGGUGAGAGAGCGGCGAGGCUCCGACGACAGCCACACAUACGAGAACUGCGAGCUUUCGAGAGGGUCGCAGGAAACGCACUCGGCCCCGCAAUCACUUCAGAACGGGCUUCACGAAUAUGAAGACGUGGCAUUUGGCAAACCGCGGGUGCCACCAAGGCUGCGGAGGGUGGCAGGUAGUGGUAGCAGUAGCUCUGAUUUGGCAGCAUCUGGGACGGCACCAAAGCGAGACCGUACGGGGAGCUGCGACAACAUCCAGGUUUCGGGAAGUUCGCUAACUCAGCGGCAAGUGGCUCGGUCACAUUCGUGGACGAAUCUCCAGGGUCCCGUGAGCCCAGGUUUAAGUAGGAAAGGAACAGCAGGGAAGCCUCCACUGCCUCCAGGCCUCUCCCUUGCACAGGAUCACACAAAGCAGCCACUUCUAGGUGGUACGGACCAGGCUGGCUUUGCACGCUCUGGAUCGGCCAGCCCUCACCCUUCUUCGAGUCCGCUGACCACACGCAGGGCAGGGUCACUUCGCUCCGGCUCCGUGGGCCGGGCUGGCGGCCGCCACUUGAGCAGCAGCUCACACGGGCGUUAUCACCAGCGCAGCAGCUCUCUCAACUCGGAAUCUAGCAGCGCUGCCUGCCUCCUAAAUGGGAUCAAUGGCUGCACCUGCUCUCCGCUCAGUUCGGGCAGCCCGUCUUCAGCCUGCCCCAGAUGCCAGGCUGCAGAAGACAACGGCAGCUCAAAGCAGUCCACGGCAGACUCUCCUUUCUCGCGCGCACAGGAGGAGGUUUGCGGAAUGGUGCUACGACUUGAAAACGCCCUCAAGGCCGGGGACGCUCGAGGUGACGUUGCUACCUCGGCUAGCGACAGGCAGGCCAGGGAGGCCCUGCUGGCCAAAUCGCGUCAGUUUGUGACUGCUUCCAAGGUGUUUGUGCGCAGUGCAAGCGAGAACUCUGAGCAAGUGACCGCGCAGCUGGCCGCGUGUAUGUCGCUGCUGGAUAGCAUGUGCGCAGCUGCUGAGCAGCUGGCCCUCUCCGGCCCUGCCUGGGCGUCCCUGGUCGAACAAGUCAAAGCAGUGGCGGUGGCAUACGCACGUGCCACCGGGGCGGUUGACGGUGCCACCGUGGGCUCACUCAUGCACCAAGCAACGGACCUGGCCUCUACACUGACGGCACUCAUGCGGACUCUUCGCUCACUGGACAGCUCCUAAUGUGGCCUCCCUUUUGUUUUUUGUUUUUUUGUUGUUGCCCUUUCUCUCGCAUGCCCGAGGCUGCUUUCUUCCUUCGCUCUCAGCUCGCUCGAAUGGCACCGAGCCGUUUGCACAUUGGGGCGCUCUCUCACAACUGCAUUUACGAUAGCCAUAGAAAAGCUGGAAGAAUGAUAAAGGUCGAAGGAGCAAAGAACUCUCGGCACCUGCUAACACGUCUGCACUGACCAAUGCUGCCCCCAACGUUUUCCUCUAGCAGUGAGGCAACGUUGCAACAGUGGUGCUACCACACUUCUGCUUUGAGCUUUCUUUUUUUUUUUUUUCCUUCGCAAGGCCCAUAGGGACCAAAAUAUAGUCCAUCAAUCAGCUCAUUUUGGUCUCCUGGUGCAAGCAGAUCUCGCUUGGGCAGACAAAGUGCACCUCCAUACAAGGUGUGCCGUGUUUCAUAAGAAAUACAGUAGUCAGCGGGCUUUACAAGAACAAGGUGCAGUUGUGGGUCACAAUGCUCAGGAAAGUCAUACGGUACGCUGUGCACAUUUGUGAGUCCAACGAUUGGCAUUGUGGGGGAGAACGCUCGGCGACAUAUUGUAUGCAGUUUGUUCUCACCACUGAGUUUUUGUUUUGGCAGCCUUGCUACAUUUUGUAAUGGACAAUAGUGAACCUAAAUACCCCACCAAACUUUUUGCAAUACUGUUGUAAACGACAGUGCGCAAGAAAAUGCUUUGUAAAGCGAAGUGGAUCAAUGUAUGGCUUAGAUUGAAGCCGCCAAGGAGUUUCACCAUUGGCGACUCGCAAAAUCGGUGCAGUUUCUGUGAUUCUGCAAAAUUGAUUAGCAUUCAGUGUGGGCCAAAUUUUGUGCAUGAUCAAGUUUUAACAGAGCCAUGCAGCAACGCUCGGACAAUGUCGGUUUGUGUAAAUUUUUUGAGAGGCUGUAGUAAAAAAAAGUUUGGCAGCAUGUCACUCUUUAACUCUUGAAGGCAAAUGCCUGCUGCACACUUGGUAAAGCAUUAAGCUAAAGAAUUGGGCACCAGACUUCCUGCAAGACAUAACAAGAUGCAAUCUGAGGGGCACUCAUGAAGUUCUCAGUCAUUUGCAUUGUUCCACCCCCACUGAAGCUUUCUGCACAUCAGGUGUCGCACUACCUCCGGGACCGGCCCACCAUUGACCACGCAAUGAUGCCAUGUGAUGACGUCACAAAUUUUUGCGACCUGUGACGUCGCAAGUUGACAUCAUCAAUGAUGUAGGUCUUCAUUCGCCUCCUGUAAUUCACUCAAGGGGCCGCUCAACAAGACACAAACAAGGUUUUUGCCGUACAAGCAUUUUUAGGGACAUCGCCUGUCAAUUGGAGCUGUGGAACUAGGUGUAGGCCGAGUAACCUUUAGAAAGACAACCAUUCCAUUAAUUUGUGUAUCACAUAAUUAGCAUAGGGAAAUACCAUACAAGCCGAUGCCUGACACAGCAGUGUGUGCAGCACAGAAGUUCAAAAGUGCAGCCUUUAUGCGACAUCCAAACUACCUACCAUUUCUUACAAUAAUUGCGAGCUUGUCCCCUUUUCUCUAUGCCGUAAUAUAUCUGUCGAGUGCAUCAGGAGUAAAAGAAGUGUCUUCUUCACGUUUCCUUGAAGAUACUAAGACAUUCACACCCUUCCCAACCUUAUUGGAUUAUUGACAGUUACUUUCACACACCACUGAACAUCAUAGGCAUGAACAAAGCGGGGGGGGGAGGGGCAUACAGGCCCCUCAAUUCCCUAUAGGGUCAGGAGGGAGGUGCAAAUUUGGCCUUGUAGGUUUCAUUACUUUGCAAGCAGCACAUGGGAACUCGUACGUCUCAGUGACAAUGAAGAGCCCCAAAAAUGUUUACUGUUUACAUGAGGGUGUUUACUGUAAUGUUUACUGUGCUUUACAACUGUGUUGGAUACCAGCUUAGGAAAGCGUGCAUUUCCUGCGUAUAUCAUUGCAACUGCAGUGAAGUACGUAAGUGGAAGUUCACAUCUGUAUUUUUUGUUUGUUUUAGGUAUUGAAACGGACACAAAAGGCAGCUAUGGGUACGGGGGAGGUUGGGGUUGUCAGGUUGCGAUUCCACCUCCAAUACAAGAAUGAGGAGCAUACAUUCCCGCACAACUUCCCAUGCCAAAAAUUUAGAUUUGCUCCAUUCAUUUCAGCCGAAGGCACCUCGCAUGAUCUACUAUCUCCACCAGAAACACUGAAAAUCUGCAGAGUGCCCUGCUUUGCUGUCAGGCAUGAUGCCGAGCGUUGCACUGUGAAAAUGUGAAAUUACCACUGAAAGCUUCAGUACAGCCUAGAGACAUGCCGAUCAAUGCUGCAGCUCUUACAUGUCCCUGCACCAUAAAGCUAACGCGCUUUCUAUUCGUCAGCGUGGUUGCGCCACAAAUGUUGGCCGACAUUUCCUGCUAUCCUUUGCAUGUGCUAUUGUUCUCUUUAUUUUCUGGUUGCUGUAAAAUUGUAGCAUUCAGCACAGGACUACAAGACAGGGAGAUUACAAAAGGGAACCAUAAAGGAUACUCAAGCUUUUAUCUCUUUUUUUUUUUUUGCAAGUAUAAUAAGAAUGGUAUGUCCAAGCUCUUUCUUUGCUUUACAGUCCACUAUUUCACAGAGUUGCCUUGAAAAAAAUGUGUCGGCCGACAUGCAUUCAUACACGUGUACAGUGUUGCAGAUACAGAAAGCAGGUCUGCCAACCUCGUACAAAGCUUUUCCGACAUGUUUCUAGCCAUGGUGGCCACGAGAUGAAAGGAAAAAGUGUCCCAGCGAAGCGAGUUGAGAAGGCUUUCAUAAGCGGACAAUUUCAGCUCCAAGAGCGCGCAGGCAGUACAUCUCGGUCGUGUCGAUAAUCAAGCCUUCCACUUUAUUCCUGACAUGUCGGUACAGCUCUAGCUCAUUCAGUUCAUUAAAACCAGCAGAGUACCAUUCAUUCAACUGACAGCAAAGUAACCAGAAAUGGCAAAUGUCUGAAUGUUGUAAUCAACAGAGAGUUGUAUAUACUGCUGCAAAUCCAGCGGCUGAUCACACCCCUCAUUGCAACACUUCCGUCAAUGAAUACCAUCAAUGAAUCUCUUGGAACUGCCGAUUUAUGGCUUACAAGGUUAAGCUGAACUACUGUCCCCACCUUGAGAGUAAGUGGAACAUUGCAAUUUGGGGAAACACAUGCAUAAACGGCUCAUAUGAGGAUGCAUGAUUCCAGUAUGUUUCACUAAUCUUAGUUUUCUUGCUGAGGCCUUUCAAUUAAACAUUGGAGCUAGCACACCCACUUUUGUUGUGGCUGUAUUAGUGAGGUCCAAUAUCCCCCGACACAGCAUUAAACAACUUUAUCGCUAUGUACAAGAAAAUAGGACCUUCUGUUUGAGGGAAACAACAUUGCAGAUACUAACAAACCAUCCAGCAGUACCCCGAACUCUUUUUACUGCUAAUCUCGUGUCCAUCAUGGCUGACAUUGCAAAAAAAAAAAGAUCUUACUAGAUGUUAUUUUCUCUCACAAAAAAAAAAAAAUAAAAGAAAAGUGCUCACGUAGAACAAAUAGUUCUGCUGGUAAACCAUCUCAGUGGAAUGUAUUGUUGAACACCCAAGUUUUUUUUGUUUGUGGCAGAAUUUCUAGAUAUAUUUGUUGUUAUCGUAGUUCUGCUGGCUCAUUUUCAAGAAACCUUGUUAUAACAGCGCAUUUAAACGGCAUUUUGCACCGCUAACGGAAGAGUUGUUCUUCCAGUGUGUUAUACACUUUUUUGUUUCUUUAUUCGUGGUAAGAUUUUUCUGACAAUGUGCAAUUUUAUAAACAUGGACCGAUGCCUGCGUUUCCGAGGGAGUUUUUGUGCAAGGCCAGCAAUACAUAACACCCAUCAGAGAAUCUCAAGUUUUCAGAAAACAAGUUUUUUUGAGAGAUUAUAUGAGCAAUGAUAAUUUUACAUUUUCAUUUAAGCCCUGGUCAAGGUGUGGGUUGUAGCAAUAAAGUGCAUUAUGAAGUGCUGGCUCGUCAUUGCAGUACAGCAUUGCGAAUGUUCCAAGGUAUAUCUCACGAUUACAAAGAGAGAGAUGUUGCUGUUGUAAUAAGAUGUAUUUUUCUCCUGUGUAGUUAUACGUUUGUUAGAGCUGUCAUUUGCAUGUACCAGAUAAAAUGGAACGAAAUAAGCCCAGGACCCUCGCACCACUUGAUGCGAGGACCAUGACACCAGCAUUUUUUUUUUAAACAAUGUUGUUGAAUGGAAGUUGCUCAUGUCAAUCCCACUUGUACAAUAACAAAAAAAGGAGCUGGGACACACGUACACAAAGAAAAAAAAAUGUGACAAAUAUGGAAGAUACAUUCAAGCUUUUUAUUUCAAUAAUAAAGACUUAAAAACAAA